CUUGAAGGACACACUGACAUAGUGUAUUCGGUUGCUUUCUCGCCGGACGGGAUGUAUAACAUUGUCUCUGGUUCCGUUGACAAGACUAUUCGAAUCUGGGACGUGGAGAAUGGUCAGACCAUCUGUGAGCCCCUUGUCGGACACACAAACUACGUCUUGUCAGUCGCUUUCUCUUAUGACGGCGCACGCAUUGUCUCAGGCUCUGCAGACAAGACCAUACAAAUCUGGGACGCAACGAGUGGGCAGUGUAUUUCCCGGCCUUUCAAAGGCCAUACAAGUGGAGUAGCUUCUGUUGCUUUUUCACAAGAUAAGAAACGCAUCGUCUCCGGUUCUGAUGACAGGACAGUUCGAAUCUGGAAUGUAGAAAGUGGACAGGUCAUUUCUGGGCCUUUCGAGGGACAUACUGACUGGGUUCGAUCCGUCGCAUUCUCUCCUGACGGUAGCCGCGUCGUCUCAGGCUCCGACGACAACACGAUCCGAAUCUGGGACGCCGAAAGUCUACAAGGCGUUUCUGGGAGUUUUGAAGGGCAUGCAGAUGGAAUAAAUUCUAUUGCUUUCUCUCCUGAUGGGUGUCGCGUCGCCUCUGGCGCACACGACAAUACGAUUCGCAUCUGGGAUGCUGAAAGUGGGCGCGCUAUCUCUGGACCUUGCGAAGGGCACUCAAAGAGUAUCCUGUCCGUCGCCUUCUCUCCAGAUGGAAGACAUGUUGCCUCGGGUUCAGGCGAUGAAACGAUCCGAUCAGCCGUUUUCUCUCCCGACCGAACGCGUGUUGUUUCAGGCUCCAAUGAUAGGAAAAUCCGAGUUUGGGACGUUAAGAGUGGACAGGUCGUUUUUCAACCUUUUGAAGGUCAUACGUCGUACGUGAACGCUGUCGCGUUCUCGCCGGAUGGAAGACGUAUCGCCUCUGGCUCCUGGGAUCGAACGAUCAGAAUGUGGAAU